AUGUUUAAGAGCGGUCUCGCCCGGACCUUCGGGAGGGCUGCUUUCGCCCGACCUGCCCCCGUCGCCCGCCGCGCCUUCCAGCCCAAGGCCAAUGGCUUCCCUUCUCUGGCCCGCUUUGCCAGCUCUGAGGCUGCGUCCACUGGCAAGAUUCAUCAGGUCAUUGGUGCCGUCGUCGACGUCAAGUUCGACGGCGAGAAGCUUCCCGCCAUUCUGAACGCCAUUGAGACUCAGAACGGUGGCCAGAAGCUCGUCCUGGAGGUUUCGCAACAUCUGGGUGAGAAUGUCGUCCGUACCAUUGCCAUGGAUGGUACUGAGGGUCUGACCCGUGGUGCUGCCGCCCGUGACACUGGCGCUCCCAUCACCAUCCCCGUCGGUCCUGGCACCCUGGGCCGUAUCGUCAACGUCACUGGUGACCCCAUUGACGAGCGUGGCCCCAUCAAGGCCGCCAAGUACGCCCCCAUCCACGCCGAGGCUCCCACUUUCGUCGAGCAGUCCACCUCGGCCGAGAUUCUCGUCACUGGUAUCAAGGUCGUCGAUCUGCUCGCCCCCUACGCCCGUGGUGGUAAGAUCGGUCUGUUCGGUGGUGCCGGUGUCGGUAAGACCGUGUUCAUCCAGGAGUUGAUCAACAACAUCGCCAAGGCUCACGGUGGUUACUCCGUCUUCUGUGGUGUGGGUGAGCGUACCCGUGAGGGUAACGAUCUGUACCACGAAAUGCAGGAGACCGGUGUCAUCAACCUCGAGGGUGACUCCAAGGUGUCUCUGGCUUUCGGUCAGAUGAACGAGCCCCCCGGUGCCCGUGCCCGUGUCGCCCUGACCGGUCUGACCAUCGCCGAGUACUUCCGUGACGAGGAGGGUCAGGAUGUGCUGCUCUUCAUUGACAACAUCUUCCGUUUCACCCAGGCCGGUUCUGAGGUGUCUGCCCUGCUGGGUCGUAUCCCCUCCGCUGUCGGUUACCAGCCCACCCUGGCCGUCGACAUGGGUGGCAUGCAGGAGCGUAUCACCACCACCAACAAGGGUUCCAUUACUUCCGUCCAGGCCGUCUACGUGCCCGCUGAUGAUCUGACGGAUCCCGCCCCCGCCACCACCUUCGCGCAUUUGGACGCCACCACUGUGCUGUCCCGUGGUAUCUCCGAGUUGGGUAUCUACCCGGCCGUCGAUCCCCUGGACUCCAAGUCCCGUAUGCUGGACCCCCGUAUCGUCGGUGACGACCACUACAACACCGCCACCCGCGUCCAGCAGAUGCUCCAGGAGUACAAGUCGCUCCAGGAUAUCAUUGCCAUUCUGGGUAUGGACGAACUGUCCGAGGCCGACAAGCUCCUUGUCGAGCGUGCCCGUAAGCUGCAGCGUUUCCUGAGCCAGCCUUUCACCGUCGCCCAGGUUUUCACUGGUAUCGAGGGUCAGCUGGUCGACAUGAAGGACACCAUCAACUCCUUCAAGGCCAUCAUCAACGGCGAGGGUGACGACCUUCCCGAGAACGCCUUCUACAUGGUUGGUAACUUCGCCUCUGCCCGCGCCAAGGGUGAGAAGAUCGCUGCCGAGCUCGAGGGCCAGUAAAUGUAAUAUUGUUUUAAAGCGCCCUAUUUCCUCCUUUUCCUUUUUGUUAGAAUAUGGAACUUCCUUUCUUCCUCAAGUGUCUCCGUUUUUUUGGUCGGAUACGUGUACAGUACUCCAAUUAAGAAAGGGAAGUUGAACGAAAGAAAGGCCUUUGAACCAUUUCAAACAACAAAAAAGAGCAAGAACGCAGGAACAAGAGCACCUCUCAUCCUACAUUUUUCCUUUUUAUCUUUAAAGAAAGAAAAGAAAAUGAUUCUGGACGGGGGAACCUGGAAGAGAGUCGUUCUUUCUUCCUUCUGUCUGGGUAGUUUUUUUUUCUUUUUUUGUGUUACACUAUGUGCCUCAUGUAAGUAAGUCGAAAAUGACCACAGUCAGCCUGAAUACCCUCUGGGCUGGGACAAUUGUAUUCAUUUCUUUUGUUGGAUUU